GACCUCGCCUGCGCAGGUGGUGGUGGGCUGUGCUGCUGCUGCUGCUCGCUGCGGGGCGGCCGGCGCAGAGCGCCUUCACCGCCUACACGUUGGGCGCCAACUACAGCAAACGCCAGUCGCCGCGGGAGUUCAUCGGAAAUGGGCCGAUGCGAGUGUCGCUGCGGUUACGCGUCAUGGAUAUAUUGGCAGUUAACGAAUACGAUUCGGAGCUGCUGCUGGACCUGCUGCUGCACCGCUACUGGCGCGAGCCUCGCAUUCGGUUCACGGGGCAGGCCCAGCCGGGCCGGCAGUACCCCGUGGACUCCCUGGACCGAGACAAGUUCUGGACGCCCGACCUCUACGUGCUGGGCAUGCGCGAGUUCCGGCCCAUGGCGGGCUCCAUGGGGCUGGAUCACCUCGUGCUGCGCCACGACCAGAGCGUCGAACAGCUGCUCAGAGCAACACUUUCGAUGCGUUGCCAGUUCAACUUCAGAUUAUUCCCUCUGGACAGUCAAGAGUGCAAGAUGGACUUCAUGUCGCCGACGCUGCCGGCGGAGGAGCUGGCGAUGGCGUGGUGGCGGCGCGGCCAGUCCGUGGAGUUCUACCAGCGGCGGCCGCCCUUGCGCCUGCCAAUGGCGCAGUACGGCGCGCGCCUCGUGCCCUGCCCGCGGCCCUUCACCGCGGGCCACGUGGCCGGCAACGUGUCGGCGCUGCGCGUGUGGCUGGUGCUGCACCGCCACGCGCUCAGCCACGUGCUCGAGAUCUACCUGCCCACGGGGCUCUUCGUCGUCAUCUCGUGGGGUAGCUUCCUCGUCAAGCCCGAAAUGGUGCCCGGGCGCAUGGUGCUGCUCGUCACGAACCUCCUGUCGCUCGUCACCAUCUUCGAGGCGUCGAGAAACGACGUCGCCCCCGCCACGGCUCAAGUGCCUGACGUGUGGCUGGUGACGUGCAUCGUCUUCCUGUUCUUCGCGCUGCUCGAGUACGCGGCCAUCCUGCUCAGCUGCGCGCGCCUGGCCGCUCGCGCUCGCCCCCGCGCCCGCCCAAGGGCGGGCCACGCGGGCCGAGCGGGCGAGGCGCGCCGCUGGCGUCUGCGCUGCUGCUAG